CCCCGCCCGCAGGAGCCCGGAUGAGGAAGUGAAGCGCUGACAGGGCAGGGUUGUUCCGUCAGAGAGAUACUGAAGCGUCCAGAAACACCCCAAAAACCCCACCGGACGACCCGCACCGAGCCUCCAGUCCCGCACACACCGACACCGAGCGCCGCAGACAUGAACGAGCAGCAGUUGGACUGUGCGCUGGACCUGAUGAGGCGUCUGCCUCCACAACAGAUCGAGAAGAACCUCAGCGACCUCAUCGACCUGGUGCCCAGUCUGUGUGAGGAUCUGCUGUCGUCGGUGGAUCAGCCGCUGAAGAUCGCGCGUGAUAAAGUGGUCGGUAAAGAUUAUCUGCUGUGUGAUUAUAACCGCGACGGCGACUCCUACAGAUCUCCAUGGAGUAAUAAGUACGAGCCGCCGAUCGAUGAUGGAGCGAUGCCGUCUGCGCGCCUGCGGAAGCUGGAGGUGGAGGCCAACAACGCCUUCGACCAGUACAGAGACCUGUACUUCGAGGGCGGGGUCUCGUCCGUUUACCUGUGGGAUCUGGACCACGGGUUUGCCGGCGUAAUCCUCAUCAAGAAGGCUGGAGACGGAUCCAAGAAGAUCAAGGGCUGCUGGGACUCCAUCCACGUGGUGGAGGUGCAGGAGAAGUCCAGCGGCCGCACAGCUCACUAUAAACUCACAUCUACUGUCAUGCUGUGGCUGCAAACCACCAAAACCGGCUCUGGAACCAUGAACCUCGGCGGCAGCCUCACCCGACAGAUGGAGAAAGACGAGACUGUCAGUGAAUCCUCUCCUCACAUCGCUAACAUCGGACGCCUGGUGGAGGAAAUGGAGAACAAGAUCCGCUCCACCCUCAAUGAGAUCUACUUCGGCAAGACCAAGGACAUCGUCAACGGCCUGAGGAGCGUCCAGCCGCUGGCGGAUAAAUCGAAGCAGGAGGCUCUGAAGAACGACCUGAUUCAAGCGCUUAGCCAACGCAAACAGCAGAGCUAGAGACCUCACCACCUGUCUCUCUCUAUCUCUCUCUCCGUCUGUCUGUCUGUGUGUCUCACUCUCCGUCUGCACCGCACACCUCUCUGUGGAAAACGGCGAAAAAGGAGGAAAGGCUUUUCGUUUUUUUGUAUUUUCAGCUGCACCCGUCUCUCUCUCUCUCUCUCUGGUCUGUAAUCAUGUAGUAUUAAGGUGGAGCUCUCAGUGAUGUCACCACGUGGGGGCGGACCUUUUCUCCUGCCAUCAGAAGAAUGAGUUUUCGUGUAGUUUCACCCUCCACCUGUCACAGGAAUAUCACAGCCGGGUGGUAUAUAAAUAUAUAAAUACGAAUAUACACACAUGUAUGUAUUAUGACCUUGAUAUCGCUGUUAAUAUUAAACUUUCUGCUUGAGUUCACACAGAUGUGUGUGUGUGUGCGUGUAUGUGUGUGAGUGCGUGCGUGUGUGUGUGUGUGCACAUCUCUGUGUUUUAUUAAGCAAAAGCAGCAAACAUGUUCCCCCUGUCUCUCUCUCUCUCUCUCUGGCCAUCUGGGAGCGUCAGACGGUUUCGUUCUUUUCUUCAGGGUGGAUUAUUAUUUGUCCAGUUUAUUUCUUUUGGUCUGUGUUUUUGUUUUUUAUUUGUAAAGCUUACGGUUUAUGUAUUAGGGCCUCCAGCAACAAUAAAAACAGGAAAACUGCA